AUGUCAAUUGGUGUUCCCAUCAAACUUCUUCAUGAGGCUCAGGGCCAUAUUAUAUCGUUGGAACUCAAGACAGGUGAACUGUACAGAGGCCAAUUAUUGGAAGCUGAAGAUAAUAUGAAUAUACAGCUCAGAGGUCUCACUGUGACAGGGCGUGAUGGUAGAGUAAAACAAUUGGAUCAAGUCUACAUUCGUGGAGCACAUGUCCGAUUCAUUAUUGUUCCCGACAUGUUGAAGAAUGCACCAAUGUUUAAGAGAGUAGGACCGGGUGCGCUUAAGGGUAGAGGUAUUGGUUUAGGUAGAGGA